GUUUGCCGUGUCUAUGAUGCCUGUGAACGGAGUAGGUCGCUUCCACUGUCGCUACCAGGGCUGUAGCGCUAGUUACCGGCGUCAGGAACAUCGAACUCGACAUGAGAGUCAACACUCACGCGCUCGAACAGCUAACUGUCCCUUCUGUGAUCGCAGUUUCUCCCGCAGCGACACUCUCCGCCGGCACAUACGGCGAGACCACGAAGAGGAACAAAUACAAACCUCCCGUGCGACUCGUGCAUGCCGUUCCUGCCGCCUAGGCAAAGUUCGGUGUCGAGGGGGAAACCCAUGCAGGCAAUGUCGAGAAAAGGGACAUCGUUGUAUCUUUGAGGAUCGAGUUCCUCAGCCAGAUGCCCCAGAUGCCCCAGAUGCCCACGCAUCUCUCGGUGAAGCCAUAGAUCCGGAACCUUCAGGGCUUAAUCAAAAUGAUCCUCAGUCCCAAAUUGACCAGUACAUCCAGCUAUACUUUGCUCGCUUCCAUCCCCAGUGGCCGUUUCUUCAUCGCGCCACCUUCAGUGCUUCACAUGAGCCAUCUCUCCUUCUGUAUGCUGUGGUGAUGAUUGGUAUGUGGGUAUCCGGGAAGGAUUCUAGCCGGCGGUCAGCACUAGAUUUACACAGGAGACUGGGCGCUUGUAUUCGUCAACAACAGGCAACCUGGCAAGAUUUAAGUAAUCAGCAACCGAGACCAGCGUCGACUUGGCCCAUUGCCACCUAUCAGGGCGUCCUCCUUUAUCUGAUAUUCUCUCUCCUGUCGGCUCCACACUACUCUCACUCACUUAACUUGACCAUCCACCUUCCCGUAUCAGACCAGAGGAUAUUAACAGCUCUGGUCCAGACGUGUCUUAGACACAAUGUGUUUUUUUACCCAGCGAUGCUCGGGCGUUAUCAAGAUAUUGACGAUGUUACCUGUAUAUGGGUCGGAGUAGAAGAGAUAAAGCGCUUAGGUUUAGCUUUGUAUAAGGUAUGUAACAGGUGCCGGAGCGCCCGCCAAGGUGAACCAGAGGGCGAUAGUAACUCUCGGGUACUAUGCCUUUCUGACCUGCGGUUCCCAGCACCAGAUAGCAAUCAUUUAUGGGAGGCUAAGUCCAAUAUGGAACUUUCCAAUCUGCUGGCACAAACCUCUAGGAGCAUGAAUCCUGAGGGAGGCCGUGAAUUUAAAUUGAUAUCUGAAAGUGGGGAGUGGCUGGAUGAUGUUGAUCCUGGGUUCAACUGGGUUUGAUUAAUAUCACAUGUGUAUAUAUAUAAUGUAAGAGCUGUACGUAUGAUAAUUUCCAAUCAAAGAAAUGAAAAGAAGAAUAACGAAGGACGGAAGGAAACUGACAAGAGCCUUUAUGAUAUAGCGCUCACCCCC